GUUCUGAACUACUUUGCCUAAGAAAUGUCAGAUCGCGUUGAGUGGUGUCUCCUGCAUGAUACUGUGGUGUAAGCAAACCGAAACGCCAGGGACUGAAGUAUUCAUUGUUUGACAUUCAUGACUUUGCGUGUUGAGUGAUGACACAUGUUGACGUUUGCAAUUCACGUUGAUCACAAGUGCUUUUGAAUGUGUGAAGGGUUGAUAAGGUGUAUUUAUAACAUUCGAGCAUCUGUAAUUUAAAAAAAUUGAAAAUGUUUGGUUUUAACAUGUUCCCGGAGAUGCCUCGGCAAUUCAAUACCCAGUUCAAAUGUUACUCAGUUUCUAUGCUGCCAGGAAAUGAAAGACAUGAUGUAGAAAGAGGUGGCAAAAUUAUAAUGCCUCCAUCUGCCCUGGACCACUUGACUCGACUUAAUAUUGUGUAUCCUAUGUUAUUUAAACUCACAAACAAGAAAACUAACCGCAUCACGCACAGUGGUGUUCUGGAAUUUGUGGCUGACGAAGGGAAAGUAUAUUUACCAUACUGGAUGAUGCACAACUUGCUACUCGAAGAAGGUGACACCCUACAGAUUGAAAGUGUAUCGUUACCUGUGGCAACAUUUUCACGAUUUCAACCUCAGUCAGAGGAUUUUCUUGACAUUACCAAUCCUAAAGCAGUUCUUGAAAAUGGGCUACGAAGUUUUGCUUGCCUAACCACAGGAGAUGUAAUUGCCAUAAAAUAUAAUCAGAGAAUUUAUGAGCUUUGUGUUCUGGAGACAAAACCUGGCCCAGCUGUUAGCAUUAUUGAAUGUGAUAUGAAUGUGGAAUUUGCUCCACCUGUUGGAUACAAAGAACCUGAACCAGUUCCAAAACAGGAAGAAGAAAUGGCUAUAGACCCCACAGAUUUGUUACCGGAAACAAAAGGGUUUAUUGCUUUUCAGGGUGCAGGAAAUAGAUUGGAUGGCAAAAAAAGAAAAGACUCUCUCAAAGAUGCAGAGAAACCAACACCAGCCGUUCCAUACCAAAGAGGCAUCCCAAAUUAUACUUACAAAAUUGGUACACUGCAUUUCAUCAGAAACUCACGGCCACAAUCCAAGGAGAACAAAGAACCUUCUGAAGAAUUCAAGGCGUUUGGCGGUGCUGGUCACUCUUUGCGGCAAUCAAAGUCAAAGAAGUUUUGAGUGUUGAAAUCAUUUAUUGAACAGUUAUUUUGUGAUACAUUUCCUUCAACUGAUUUUCAGAUUUUGUAUUUAUGAAGAAACCUAAUACAUAUAGUUUAGAUGAAACUGUAUUUAUGUUCUGUGGUGUACCUUCAUAUCCUUCAAGUACACCCUCUCCUCCCCCCAAAAAACCUGGAUAAAUGUGUUGUUAUCCUUGAAUUUUUUACAUUUGUAAGACCUCUUCUUAUUAGAACUUCAUUUAAUAUGCGCUUACCUAAGAAAGAGGUGUAGGUAUGUUAUUUUAUUAAAUUCACAUAAUUUGUGUUAUUACUGUCUUAAUCUUGACUUUCCAG